GUCUAUUUUGGAAAUCUUUUCCACUUUGCUUUCUUUACCUAGGUAAAUUAAGGCUGUGGUUCCGUGAGGUUUGAACUGGUUGACUGACUUGCAGCUGUUGAAAUGGGGACAUCUUUCUGUUUCCUUGCACAAAAGGGAACAAGAUAGGAGGCAAUUCUGCUUUCUCAUGAUGCUUAAUGAACUUUAUCAUAAGCCACUUUAUUCCCUAACCUAACAGAAAACUACUCAGCUUUUUGAUUUGUAGUUUUCUCCCACAGUAGAGUUACAGCAGAUCAGAAAGUGACCUCACAGAUACUGAUGUAGCAAAAGGUGACUAGAAACUCGCAAGACAGAGAGGGAAGAAGUUAGAAAGUUUUUAAUUUCCCUCUGUUAUUUCUGAAGGGAUACUAAUAGCUUGAAACACUGUAGAGCAGUAUUAUUUACUCUAUCCUUGCUCAUCCUGAUCCUGCAAAUUCUUCCCAUUCAAAUGUGGAAACAUCAGUUAAAUCUUUAUACGAUUUUGUAACUAAGUAUGAUUUAGUCUUUACUUGGAUUUCACACCUCAUGGACAGAUGUUAAAAUGACUCAGCAAUCUUGUAUGUAUUGUAAACUUCUUGGAAGAAAGACUGUGUUUUUCUAGUGUUGCUUGGAAAUGGGUCUUUAAUUUGGGACUUGUUCCCCUUCAAACUCUUCGAGGUACCAAAUUAUCCAUCUAAUCUAUCCAGAGAGUAGUUUUGUGGUCCAGCAAGAUCUUUACUGGUGACAGAACAUUUGAAUAAGUGAUAUAUGAAACAAUAUCAUAGUGCUAGUGGUAAAUUUGUGUCAAGAACACAGAAAAUAUUUCAGGCUUUGUGCAAAAUUCUGAUUAUCUCCAAAUUGCUCAGUCAGAAGAACAUCAUCAGUUGCUGCAUGUGCUGGAGCAGUUGCAUAGUAGAUGCAUAGUCUUUGUAGAUGAAGUGAAAGCACUGGUUUGUCCUUCACAUACAUAAGCCUCUCCAUUAAUAAAAUUCUAGAAAAGAGCAAUAAUCAAUAAUGAGGUAAACUUUGGAAAAGGUGAUCAGUAACAGACAGCCUGAUGCAGUGCUUGGAACAGAUGUUAAGAGAGCCAUUGCAAUAGGCAAUACAGCAGCACUCACUGUAUAACUUUUUUUUUUGAAUAAUCCUUCUCUUCAGUGCUAAACCUCAUUUUCUGUUUUUUUUAGAGAAGUGAAAUGCUGUCAUUUGAAACAAUUGAACACUUUCCCAUCUACCUUCAGUCAUAGAACAUUUAUAGACUUUUAAGGAAAAGAUUGUCUGAAAUCUUUCUGGAAAGAGCCUGGUUAUUGCCAAUGCUGGUCUUGGUAAUGGGAUGAGUAGACACCAACUGCUCAGGAUAGUAGAAGAAUAUGGAGAGGUGGAAACGCUCUUAAUGCCACCAAAUAAACCAUAUUCUUUUGUGAAAUAUGAGAGAACAGAAGAAGCCAAGAAAGCCUUUGAUGCCCUUAAUGGAAAAGAAGUAACAUUGGAAGACUGUGGCCAAAACAUUGUUCUAUAUAUUAAUUUUGUGGAAAAAGUUUCCUUGCAAAAUGCUGUUCCUACAAGCUUACCUCCAGGAUUAACAGUAAUUGAAAAGAUUAUUUCUCCAGAGGAGGAGAGGAGGAUGUUGGAAAGUAUUGAGUGGAUAGGAGAUGAAGAUACUCAAAGUGCCCAGAAGAACUUAAAGCAUAGAAGAGUAAAACAUUUUGGAUAUGAGUUUCGCUAUGAUAACAACAAUGUUGAUAAAGACAAACCUUUACCUGGAGGUCUUCCUGAAAUUUGCAACCUGUUCUUGGAGAAGUGCUUAAAGCAGGGAUACAUCAAACAUAAACCUGAUCAACUGACUGUAAAUCAGUAUGAACCUGGACAAGGAAUCCCUCCUCAUAUUGAUACACAUUCUGCUUUUGAGGAUGAAAUAAUCUCUCUCAGUUUAGGAGCUGAGAUUGUGAUGGAUUUCAAACACCCCGAUGGCCAUACAGUGGCAAUUUUGCUGCCCCGAUGCAGUUUAUUGGUGAUGACUGGAGAAUCCAGAUACCUGUGGACACAUGGGAUCACACCCCGAAAAUAUGAUAUCAUUCAAGCAUCUGAGCUUGGGCAAAAAGUUGGAACAAUCACUGCUGAUGUUGGAGAUAUAACAUUAAAUCGAAGGGAAACAAGGACAUCAUUUACAUUCAGGAAAGUGAGGAGAAGCCCUUGCAAUUGCAUUUACCCAUCUGUCUGUGACAGCCAGAAAGGACGGCAAAGACUGGUACAACCUUCGUUUCCCCACAAUGAGAUGGAGGCCUCAAAGCUGGAGCAAGAAUAUGUACACAAGGUGUAUGAAGAGAUUGCCACACACUUCAGCAGUACCAGGCAUAGCCCAUGGCCCCGAAUUGUAGAGUUUCUCACGUCCCUGCCAACAGGAUCAAUAGUGGCUGAUAUUGGUUGUGGUAAUGGGAAAUAUCUAGGCAUCAGUGAGGAUUUGUACAUGGUUGGCUGUGAUCGCAGCAAAAACCUGGUGGAUAUUUGUGGAGAAAAGCAUUUCCAGGCUUUUGUCUGUGAUGCCCUGUCAGUGCCAAUGCGCAGUGGCUCCUGUGACGCCUGCAUCUCUAUUGCUGUAAUACACCAUUUCUCAACAGCAGAGCGGAGGCUGGCUACUAUCCGUGAGCUAGCCCGGCUUCUUAGACCUGGUGGAAUGGCACUCAUUUAUGUCUGGGCAAUGGAACAAGAAUACAAAAACCAGAAGUCUAAAUACCUUAAGGAAAAGAAUGGUAGUAAAGGCAAAGAAAAGGAAAUCAAUACUGGGACAACGCAGAGACUGCUUACUGAUCAAGUGCCUGGAAGCAGCAACCAAGACUCAGCAUGUUUUGACCAACUCAUUAAUGACUUGCAGAUCGAAGGCUGCGAUGCAAGGACAGUGGGAGCAGACUUCAGACUACCUGUUCAUACUAACCGAACUUCCUUUCAGUCUCAAGAUUUGCUGGUUCCCUGGCACCUGAAAGGUGGUACUAAAAAGAAAGAGGAAGGUGUUGAUACAGUGUUGGUUCCAGCUGACUCCAAGGAAUCACAAAAACUCAGUCCUGUUUUCCACCGCUAUUACCAUGUGUUCUGUGAAGGGGAACUGGAAGCAGUGUGCAAAUCCCUGGACUGUGUGAGGGUUCAGAAGAGUUACUAUGAUCAGGGAAACUGGUGUGUGAUUCUAGAAAAGUUGUAGUCUGUGGUGUUGCCUCCACUAUCUGUAGUGUUUUGUUUUUUACAGUGUGAAAGGUAUUUUUAAUGCAGGCUGCAGCUAUUGCCUCUUUAAAAACAGCAGAAUAAAGACUGUGUUUGAAUUAAUAA